UAAGCUAGCGUUAGCUGCUAGUUUCAUUUGACACACAUUUGCCAGUUUGUUAUGUUUGUGUGAUAUUGUUCUUCAUUUUACAAUCUACAGCCCUCUUUUAAAACAGCUGUAGACCAGUAGGUCUUCUAACUGCAACUCACAAACCCUCCUGCAAGUUGUUUUCAUAUCAGCCUGCUAAAUAAGAAGUUGGAUAACUAACUAGCUAGUGGCUACCUUUUGCUAACUCCAAAGUAACGUGCAUACAGUCACCUUAGAACAUGGCCUCCAUCGGCAGUGCAGAGGAUGUUUUAAGGCAGGUCGACCAGUUUUGGUCCAUGCUGGAUGAUUUGUGUGAAAACGACCCCGCAGCUUACCGCAAGUUCAUGGAGACACAGAUGAAGGAAGGAGCUGAAUACAGCGCGCCGCCUGUGCUCGACUCUUGUCUGUGCACCGAAAUACUGGGGCCCAUGAAAGAGUUGCUGUACAUCAACAUAUGCAGCUGGAAACGUGUGCCUGCACCUCAGGAUCCCAGCAGGCCUUUACCUGUGUGUGCAGGAAAACUGGAAACAGACACAGAUGAAGGUCAAGGUGCCUACACAGUGAUGGAUGUGGCUUUAAACCCUGCAGUGCUGCAGGACAGUAAGGAAGAUAAAGCAGAGGUAUAUAUGAUGGUCCUGAGCUUUGCCCAGCAGCAGCUUGGGAUGACAUUAUCUCAGCAGUACACUCUCAUCAGCUCUGGCCCAAAAAAUAGCCCAGAUGACUUGCACCGCCGGCUUGGGUUUCGUCAGUGCCCAAAAGUCUCCAAACAACCAGACACAGCCAGUCAGACCCCAGCUGCCCUUAUACGGCAGAUUUCCUCCCUUCGCUCAGAGAAACAAGACGUGGACACGGCAGCCCAAAUUAUCCGUCGACCUGCGGAGCACAAAAAAAAGGAUUUGAUCCAGGUCAUCUCCACCUCGUUCGUGCAGCCUCAGAAGCCAGAGUACCAACUCGAGGUGAAGACUGAUACAGCAGGAGUUCCUCGCAGCGUGGAGCUGACAGUGGAGCUGCCAAAGGUUUGCUCCAUGUCAGACUGCCAGCUGAGAAUCUCCAAGGACGACGUCCUACUAGAAGUGGAGGAUGUCUACUAUUUGCUUUUGGAAUUCCCAAAGACUGUCAGUGAAGACACAGCAUCUGCCAUCUUUAACAAGAAGAAACGAAGGCUUACUGUGAGAGUGGAUGUUCUCUGAGCAUGUUGUACAUGGGGAAUGGGAUCGAGAGACUUCUGAGAGUGAGGAUACCUAAAAAUGAAUAACCUAACAACUGAAAUUUCUGCUAUGCAAUCUGAAAAGUUGUGCAAACAUAUUUUACUAUGCAAGGACUCAAACGUUCAGUCAGCAAACUAACUAUAACUGAUCAAUUCCCAAAAAAUAAAGUGAUGUUUUCACUGACACAAAUAUGCCGUAUGGGUUCUUAACCCCCCCCAAAAAUUAAUUGACUUUAAUGACAAUCUGUGAGGCUUGUUCAUUAGUGUGUGGGCGUAUGAGUGGAGGUGUAUAAUGGCGAGGAGCUGGUGUACAGUGUCAUUACGGUACAGCCAGGAAAUAAUUGACAACCAAAUGAUCCAUGCAAUAAUUCAUGUUUAUUAAAACAUUCAAACUGAUGCGGAACAACAACAUCACUAUUUGGCAAUCUGGAACGUGUGAAAAAAUGUCGGUAAACAUCUUUUAAGGUCUGAAUACUAUGCAGUGAUCACAGCUUAGGACGAGUUAUUUAAUGUAAAUUAACUUUCUUUCAAGUAUUAAAUCAUUACUGACCAUUAA